ACUCGCCUGGCGGAACCGUCGGGCGCUGCUGCUACUUACGGCUCCUUGCUGGAGCCGCUUGGACUCGCUCCGGGUCCCCGUCCCCGCGCGCCAUGGGUCCCGCGCGGCGGAGCGUCCCCGCAGCGCUGCGUUUCCUUGGCGGGCUAAGCGUGCCGCUGCUGCUGCUGCUGUGUCCACCCGCCGCGCAGGGUGGCUGCAGCUUGCCCCCAGAGGUACCUAAUGCCCACCCAACUCUGAGUGAUGGUGAUCUUAAGAGUUUUCCUGAAGGAACCACAGUAACAUACAAAUGUAAUGAAGGCUUUGUAAAAGUCCCUGGCAAGCCAGACUCCGUGAUCUGUCUUGGUAACAAUCAAUGGUCGGAGGUGGCAGCAUUUUGUAACCGUAGCUGCGAUGUUCCACCCAGGCUACGUUUUGCAUCGCUCAAGAGGUCUUUUAGCAAACAGAAUUAUUUCCCCGAGGGUUUCGUUGUGGAAUAUGAUUGCCGUCCGGGCUACAGAAGGAACCAAACUCUCUCAGACAAACUAACUUGCCUUCAGAAUUUUACGUGGUCCACACCAGAUGAAUUUUGUAAAAAAAAAUCCUGUCCUACUCCUGGAGAUAUAACACAUGGUCAUGUCAGUAUAACAACUGACAUAUUAUAUGGUGCAUCUAUUUCCUUCUCGUGUGACACAGGGUAUAGGCUAGUAGGUUCAGCUUUUAGUUACUGUUCCCUUGCAGACCAGGCUGUGGAGUGGAGUGACCCAUUGCCAAAAUGCGAAGAAAUUGUUUGUCCAGAACCACAAGAAAUUAGCAACGGAACCAUUCAAAAUCCACGGAAAACCUAUGUGUAUCAACAGUCUGUAAAAUAUCAGUGUAAUCAAGGCUUUACCCUGAUCGGAGAGAACUCUAUUUAUUGUACUGUCAAAGAUGACCAAGGAGAAUGGAGUGGCCUGCCCCCUGAAUGCAAAGAAAAUUCCCAGAUUUCUAAGGGCAUGCCAACAGUUCAGAAGCCUUCAAUGGCAAGUGUUCCAAGUACGAGAGUCCCAUCAGCCCCUCAGAAAACCACCACAGUGAAUGUUCCAGGUACUAAAGCCCCAUCACCUCCUCAUAAAGCCACCACAGUGAAUGUUCCAGCUACUGAAGCCCCAUCAACUCCUCAGAAACCCAUCAGAGCAAAUGUUCCAGGCACUGAAGCCCCAUCAACUCCUCACAAACCCACCACAGUGAAUGUUCCAGCAAAACAGACUUCAGCUGUCGUUCCCAGGGCGACCACGCACUUUCGCUCAACAAGCUCGCAUAAAGGAAGAGGAACUCCUUCUUCAGAUGCUAACAUCGCUGCAAUUGGUAAGUUUGGUUCUUCGGCAGUUAAAAGAAAUUGUCGUCACUGUGGGAUGUACAAUCCAUAUUCCUGGAAGAGAAUCUUGUCUUUUAAGUGUCUUAGGAAUACUAUUAAAAUGCAGUGUUUAAGGGUAUCGAAGAGAAAACAGGUAAAUCCAUUUUAUCGACGUAUUUGGUGGACACCAUUAGGUACUCGGUAUGUUCCUAAGUAUUCCCAACCGUGUUCUUGUUCCAAGGUAGUUUUAGGGCAACUUCAAAUCAUGUGGCCAGUCAAUCAGGUAUUAUUGAAUGCUUAUUGUCUCAAUGCAUCGUCAGGCUAGGGGCCAAAGAACAACAAAGAAGAGGCAGGUACCAAUACAGUUUUUAAGCCUCUAGUAUUCUACAAGUAAUCAUAAACUACUCCUUGACUGUUUCUAGACUUCUGUCCCAUUCCAGAGACAGCAGAGUACCUUUGGUUAUAUCCUCUUCCAUUUCCCUGCCCUGUCAGUGAUGUAAAGCAAAGUUAGCUUUAAAAAAUAUCCCGUUGGUGUAGACCUAAGGACCUACCGUGUCGCCAUUUAUUCUAGUUUUUGUUCGUUCUUUUGUGUUGUUCUUAAAUAUAUUAUCUGAUGUUACACCUUUUAACAAGAAGAUUAAUAACUCCUAACGAAGAUGGUAAAAGAAAGGUUUGUUCAGAAGCAAUACAGCUAAGUUGGCAUAUUAAUCAUACCCACUAGAAGAUAUACUCUUAUAAAGAAAGUAUUUCAAAAUUAUGUCCUUAUAAGCCAAAGUCUCCUAUCUAUAUAUGCAUUAGUGUGACAAGGGGCUAAAGCUGAAAGCAGGUAUUUAUUAUUAUUAUUUAUAGUUCUUUUAUAUUUUGAAUGAACCUCCCCUCAGCUAAAGUAUUUAUCUUGAGAGUUUUGAACAGUUGGAAUUCACUUUGUCUGUUUGAUAUUUUAAAUAGAAAUAAAUGUAUUCUAAAUGAAAACCUCACGAUUUCAUGAUUUAAUGUUAAGAACGGUGAGUCUAACGGGUGGGCUUUUUCUCAGCUGCCCAGUAGCAUCGGAUGUAGGUCUGAAGUGCUUAUUUUCUCUGACAUUCUUGAACUGUGGACUGUGCGAUCUUCCAGAGACUUUCUCUCGGGGGUAGUUGUAAUCCCAACUUGUGCUCAAAACUAAAGAGGAGCUCUUCCCUUCUUAAAUAAGAUCUGCAGCGCUCGUUCUCUUUGGGAUCCUAGCUUUGUAAAAUAUAAACCUAAACGUUAUCCUUAUUUCUUCAAAGGGUUCUGUGAAUCGGGCCGCUUUUCUCAUUCUGUUUGUUAUUUAUAUUUGUGCGUUGUUUUUAUUUGAGUGUAACAGACACUCAUUUUCCCUCAGUCUCAGGUGUACAA